CGGGUCGGGAAGCAGCGAGCAGGCUCUGCCACCGCCGGGCCGCCAGAGGGCGCUGCUGGGAGGGGGCGGAGCUUUCCGCAUGACGGCAGAACGCGGCGCCGGCGCCUCGGCCACGCCGCCGCCAUGGAGCCCGGGCCCUGGGGGGUGUGCGAGCAGACGGCAGUGCUGCAGGGCGGCUUCCUGCUGGCCGCCCGGCUGGCGCAGCCGCGGGCGCUACGGGAGCUGCGCAAAGCCGACUGGCCACGCGUGGGACCCCCGGUCACCGACGCCUUAGGGGAGAUCGGGGCCCGCUGCCCUUCGCCGCUGCAGCACAGCCUCUGGAAGAAAGAAGCUGUGGCCAUCAUCUGGGCUAAAGUCCUGGUGCCGGAGCCCCCGGCCGCGUCGCUGGACCAAGGGUGGAAGGAGGAUGAUUUCUUCUCCGUGGGCAGGAUGAUCCCUGACGUCAACCACACUGUCCUCUUCGAACUGGUCAAGGCCCUCGGGGCACCCCGGUCCUUCGUGCAGCUGCUGCUGGCGCUACCCCAGGAUUUGGGUCAGAGUGAGCUGGAGCGCUUGGUGGAGUACAUCAGCAGUGAGACAUCCCCAUCAGACAUCAGGCUCUUCUUGGACGUGUGGUGGGAGGUGAUGAAACACAAGGAGGGGCAGGAAGAUGCAACAGUCUCUGCCUUCAGUGCUCUCAUGCAUCAGCAUGGGUGUGAGGCCUCUCUGGAUGAUGGUCUCCAGCCCCCAAAGAGGUUCAAGUGUGACCCUGGCUCACUGAAUGACCCUCCUGCUGCCACCAGCCUGCUCAUGGUCCUGGUAGAGGGGUUAAAGCAGAUCUUCAGGAGCAUCACCCUGCCCUCCAUGAGGUGCUGUGCCUUGGCCAACCUGGUGGAGCUGCUGUCCCUCUUCACUGAACUGAAGGCAGAGAGCAGCUCCCUCCCUGUCACAGAGUACCUGAACAAGGUCAGCUCUGUGGUCAGCCUCUGGAGCAGGGAUGCUGAGAGCCAGUUCCACCCCAGGGGGCUGGAUGAGAAGGUGAAGGAAGCAGAGAGAAGCAUGAGCCACUUGUCCAUGGCCAAGCUCUCUCGUGAGGAGCUCUUUGUUGGCUUGGACUUUCUCUGCAGCUUGUUGCAUGCCUGGGGAGAGGAGCUGCCAGACCCCAUGAACAGCUCUGAGGGGCUCUGCUAUGAAAGCUACAGGCUCAUGGACAUUCUUGCCACCUUUGAGAAGAACCUGGUUCACUUCUCAGUGACCAGAGAGCUGGGUGAGAAUGAGACUCGUGUAGUGUCAGAACUGACACAGACCACCAAGGACUUUCUCAAGGGGAUCAGCAGCAGCCUGAAGGACAGGGAUUUGGGCACCAGCCUGGUGCCUUCAGUUGCCAUGGUAAUCAUUGAGCAAAGGCUGGGUCGGCAUGAGGAGAUCUGCUCCAUUUUUGCUUCUGAAAAGACUUGGGCCUUUUCAAAGGACUGGGUUGACUGCCUUGUGAAAAACAAAGCUCUCUUCCAGAAACCAGAGCUAGUUUUGAAACUGCUGGAGACACUGGUGAGCUUUGCCAUGUCCCACCAAGACGAGGAGGCCCAAGAGCUGCAGAUUCAAGUGACCAAAGCCAUUGUGGAGUGUUACACUGAGCUGUCAUUAGCUGACAAAAACAAAGUCAUCUCGGGUGUCCUGGCAGCCUGGGGUGGGCCAGGUCUGUGCCUGAACGUGCAGGUUGUCCUGGAGGGGUUCCAGGAGGAUCUGAACACGACUUUCAACCAGAUCACAAAGAGUGUGUCUGAUGAAGGCCUGACCAGGGCUGUAGCUGCUGUGGCCAGGCUGAUGCUGCUGCACCCCGAGGCCACAGUGAAGCAGAUUUGUAAUCUUGCUGUUGUCAACCUGGGAGCUCACCACUUCCUUGCACAAAUCCUCUGCUCCUUCCCAGCUUUGAGCUUCCUGGAGACCCAGGAGGAUCCAGGCAGGCCACACAGCCUGGUGGUGAGGUGCCUGGAGGAGGCAGCGUGGGGAAGACUUUCCUCUGUGAGAGAAGAGGAGCAGUUCCUUGAGUUCCUGGCCUUUCUCCUGCAGCCAAGCUCAGCUGCCCCACUUGUGUCACCUGCAGAGGUGACCAAAGCCUUUGUCCUUCCCUACUUGCAGUCAGACUCUGCUCAAAUCGAGCUGAGCCUGCAGAUCCUCAGUAAGGCUCUGGGGAUGAUACAGCCCUGUGCAGAAGAACACUGGAUCAAAUCCUGUCACCCCUUCCCUCUUCUCUUCAGCCUCUGCAAGCUUCUAGAUGGUUACACAAAGUACUGGCACCAGCCCAGGGACCAGUUCUUCCCUUCACUGGAGACCAAAGACCUGAUACUGAACAUCCUCAGCCAGCUCUGUGAGGUGGUGACACCAGAAGCCACCCCCUCCUCUGAGCUGUGGGUGCAGUCACUGGCCUGGCUGCACAGGAAGGUGGCAUCACUGGACUGGACCAUUGGUCUCAGGCUGAAGAAGCUUUAUGGAGAGCACUUCAAGAAUGAGGUCCCAGCAACUCUGUUUGAGAUCUGCCUGCUUCCCGAGGAGGAGUGGACAUCCCAGCCUGUGCCAGCUUAUGGGGCAGGCAGCGGGCUCCUGGCGUGGCUGGAGUGCUGCUGCGUGUCCCCAGGGCUCAGGGACACCAUGCUGACACUUCUCACAGUCAACGUGGACAACCCUGAGGAAGUGAAUCUCUUCAGCAAAGGCUUCCUGGUGGCCCUCAUCCAGCUCCUCCCUUGGUGCAGCCACAGUGAGUGGAAAAGUCUCAUCCAGGUGGUUGAAAACCUCCUCCAGAGACAAAUCCUACACGUGCCUUACACCCUGGAGUACGUUCAGUACAUGCCCCUGCUCAACCUCCGGCCCUUUGCCUCCCACCUCCAGCUCUCCGUGCUUUUCCUCCGGGCCUUCCAGCUCCUCUGCAGCUCCAGCUGUUCCACCUGGCUGCCGGCAGAGGCUUGGCUCCAUGUGAUCCAGCUGUAUUCCAGCAGCCUCACCGACCUGCUGGGCUCCAUCAGGAGCAUCGCAGGAUCCUCCUCGCCCCCCGCGGAGGACGGGACCCCCGUGCAGGAGGUGUCCUUCACCUGCAUCCAGAUCUUCUGCCACCUCCUGCACGUUGCCGCCAUGCUGCCGGAGAAGGGGUGCGGGGAGCCCCUGGUGGUGGUGGCUCUGGAGCUCCUCCUGCAGUACGAGACCUUCAGCGGCGCCGAUUCCUCCCCCAGCAACGCGCUGCGGAGAGCCAACGAGAGGCACUUCUUGGAGUCCAUCACGGAGAACGUCGGCGACGCGGCGCUGCGCAGCACCCUCCUGCAGAAGCUCAGCAAGUUGGGAGCCCGCUCGGCCGAGGAGACGGCUUGAGAGGGUGGAGAGCAUGAUGGAGGAGAGCACUGACCCUGCCUCGGGGAGCCCCACUCGUGGGAAGCUGUAAGCUGUAAUAAACCCUCUCUGGUUUUCUCUUUA